UCCAUUCUCCUUAUCAAACGGUUAAAAUUUUAUUUGUGUAGUUGUUUUUGAGCAAUAAGCAGUACCUGAACAAAUGUAGGUAGGAGCAUUCUAAGCGAUGAUAAAGGGAAACCGUUUAAUCCUGUUAUCUCGCUGUUCACAGUUCACACGUUCUUUUGCCGCUGACCGUUAACACUUCUUCCAGGUUUUAGUACGCCGAAAAGGCAAUAUUAUAUAGUAGCCGGUGUCGCUAGUUACAAGUGUGCUAUAGGCGAUCACGAAUACAAAUGUGAUGAUGGACAGAAUUUAAAUCGAUUUGAGAUUUAACGAGUUAAAUGUGUACAUUCCACUCCAUACUCCACUAUCUACAGGUAAAGCAGGCCGUGGUCGCUUUGAAAUAUCGAUCGAAAGGAUUCCCUGCUUAGCGUUCUACCAGAUCGACGUGGAAGCUGUUUGAUACGUGGAUAGUAGUUCGUUAAAGCUAAUAUGCGUACCCAAUGUUUAUAUUUAUUAAUACAUCGAAUCACAUUAGGUAAUUUUAUUCAUUAUCUGGGUAAUUUUUUUUCUAUCUGCACAAUUCCGAACUCAUUGUGCACGAAAAACAAGAACCACAAGCCUUGCACGGACAAUUUCAAUAAGAGUCCCAGUUUGGGAACACUGAACUUGUAAGUUUCUGUACAAAUUUUUGCCUGUACCUCCUAGUGUGAAUGGAUCCUACUAGCUCCGAACCUUCUCCUUCGAUUUUUCUGCAGCCUGUUCUGAAUGUUCCUAAUGACCGUUUUGAUGUGUCGCUCCGAGGAGCGGACGAUCAGUCCAAACCAAUCCAAUGGAUUCCCUGUCACCGUGCAAUUCUCGUAGCUAAAAGUACCUACUUCCGGUCCAUGUUCGCUUCACAGAUGAAGGAUUCUCAUGAAGAACAAAUCCAGCUGCAGGAUAUUCCUCAUGAAAUUCUUGACCAGAUUGUUCGGUACAUUUACACGGAAGAAAUCGCUUUAACCACAAACAAUGUUCUGUUACUGCUGGAAUCAGCGCUAUUCUUCGAUGUAACCGAGAUUAUCACUGCAUGUAAAGAGUUUUUGGAGAAAAACAUGGACACCGAAAACUGGUUAGCCACACAGCGCACGGCGAAAUCCCUGUCCUGCCGCGAUAUAGUCGAAAUCAGCGAAAAGUUCGUCGUAAACAAUUUUUCAGUAGUUUCACGGUGUGAUGAUUUUCUAAAGAUCAGCGAAUCUCAAAUGAUCAAACUCAUUGCUUCUGACGAUCUGUUUGCAAAGAGCGAGGACGAAGUGGCGGAUGCUGUGAUGCGCUGGUUUAAUACCGAUCGAACUAAACGGAUUCUUGGCGUCGGUGAAAUUCUGCCGCUUAUUCGAGUGCCGUUUCUGAGCGCUGAGCGAGCCAAAACAGUUCGGAGCAUGCAUAUGGAUCAAGAAAAAAUACCAGUUGAUCAGUCUCAAAAGGUCAUGGACGGCAUAAUCCGGCAAACGCCAUAUCAACAUCGCGAUUCAUACAAACCGAUCCUAGUUGCUGUGGGCGGCGAUCACAGACCAAAAUGCGUUCAUCGUUUUGAUCCGGUUACCAAGGCAUGGAUUCCCGUACGACUGCUACCUCCAUCGCAGAAGAAACAACCCGGCAAUUUACCAAUUAUCGUCACGCCGAGCGGUAGUGUGCUGAUCUACGAACUGAUAUAUGACGAUGCAAUCGCGCGUAGCUGCAUGUGGCGAUAUGAUUCCGAUACGGACCAAUGGGAGCGCUGGACCCCGCUGCCCGUCGGGCGGUGCGAGGGUCCGCUGGUGGCCAGUGAAAAGGUGUAUGUCCUUGUUAGCGGCGACCAAUCGCAGUGCUUCGUAUGCUAUAAUGAUACUUCGAAGGAAUGGGACCAUUGUGGCACUUUUCCCGGAAAGGUUUUACUGUCUUCGGCGAUGACGGUGGAUGAUAACGGGUGCAUCUAUAAGCUUGGCGGCCAUGACCAUUCUUACAAAGUCGAUAAGAAAGGUCGUCUUUCGGAUGCCGCAUAUUGCUUCGAUCCACGCGACAAGACGAUCAAAACGUUGGCGAAGAUGCCGUCAAAACGGUACAAAAGCUGCGUCGCUGUUGGUCCCGAUGGACUGAUAUAUGUCAUUGGUGGAAUACGCUCGGAGCAUAUGCGAAAAUUCAAAGAAUUUUUUGUCGACUGUUGUGACGUGUACAAUCCGAGAACCAACCAAUGGCAGACAAAAUAUGCAAAGCGGUGGGCUGUAUCAUCCGACUCUACUCGAUUACUCACAUUCGAUGGGAAACUCCAUUUAUUCAGCCAUACAAUGGUAUAUUAUGAUGCAGUUCAGGACAGCUGGACCCAUUUCGCAGACCGACCACCGCUGCUGGGUGAAUAUUGCGGUUAUGGGCUAGUUCCACAACACGUUGUCCGCAAAUGGAUGCAACAGCCCGGCUCGUGCGUGAACUUGGACGUGCAUUCAUGCGUAGCUCAUGCCCGGCUCAAACGUACAGGCGUUCCCUCAAAUGUGCCAGAGGCCGCUCAGAAGGUCACUGAUAGUAUUUGAACCUUGUUACUCUUCGACGCACUAAGACGACCAAAUGUUGUCCAUUUUCAUAUACACCUGUGGAACGUUUCGUACCAAAGAAAAAAAUUGAAUCGUUUUUUCGCGCCUUGUAGUCACAGUAGACAUCUGUAUACAUGCUGUAGAUACCCUGUAGACCUAUCGGUAGUCACCUGGUUUCUUAGGAUGUAUACCGCGUGUCUACAACGGUGUCUACAGGUAGUCUACGGAUGUCUACCGCUGUAUACAGGUAGCCCUUCUUAGCAUCAGCUCGAUACUCUGCCUGUAUACACCGGUAGUCACUUGUAGACAGCCCGUAGACACCACUGUAGACAUACUGUAGUCACCUGGUUUCUUAGGUUUCUUAGGAUGUAUACGGGUUGUCUACAGGGAGUCUACAGGUUGUCUACGGAUGACUACAGUGACUACAAGAAGGAAAAAAACGUUCCAGUUUUUUUCUUUGGUACGAAACGUUUCAUAUAUAAUAUAUGAUUUAUUCCGACAGCAUUAAUUUUGCUGAUGUUUUUACCCGGCUUCGUC